CGACUCGUCCGCCUCUCGCUGAACUUCCUCGUUGGCAGCAGCAGCAGCUUUAGCAGCUUCUCUUCUUUCUGCUGGGUUCGAGUCCAGCGUCGCUUCUGUCGAGCUUCUCCUCCUUCUCUCCUCCGAGUCCCGCAAAUGUCGAAGCCUCCUCCCAAACCGGCCAAACCAGGUCAAGUUAAGGUGUUCAGAGCAUCGUUCACCUUCGAACCCAGAACGCCGGACGAGCUGUACUUUGAAGAAGGGGACAUCUUGUACAUCUCGGACACAAGCGACACUAAUUGGUGGAAGGGAACAUGCAGAGGAAGGACGGGACUAAUUCCAAGUAACUAUGUGGCUGAGCAGGCAGAGUCUAUUGACAACCCAAUGCAUGAAGCAGCCAAACGAGGAAAUCUGAGCUGGCUAAGGGAAUGUUUGGAGAACAAGGUUGGAAUUAAUGGGCUGGAUAAGGCAGGAAACACUGCCCUCUACUGGGGAUGCCAUGGAGGACACAAAGAUGUGGUGGAGGCGUUGCUCGGCCAGUCCAAUGUGGAGCUCAACCAGCAGAAUAAACUUGGGGACACCGUUCUGCAUGCGGCGGCCUGGAAGGGAUACUCCGACAUUGUGGAAAUGUUGCUGAACAAGGAUGCAAGGACGGACAUUAGGAACAAUGAGAACAAGCUGGCUCUGGAAAUGGCCACUAACGCUCAGUGUGCUACACUUCUCAAGAGGAAGCAGGGAAGCACCGUCACCCGCACAAUCAGCAACGCUGAGGAGUAUUUGGACGACGAGGACUCGGACUAAGCUGAAGCGUUGACACUGUCUUCCAUCGGUAGUUGGCGGGUUGGGAGAGUUUUUUUAUUACAGACCAAAAAUGGAUUUGCUGCUCUGUUUUUCAUCUGUAAUACUUAUUUUCGUUCUCUUACUUUGUACAAACACCUCAGUCCUCGACCCUCUGCAUCGCAUCAGUGUGAAUCUCACAGCAUUGGAUUGAUGCGAUGUUACUGUUUGCCCGUUUUUUUUCCGAAGCUCAUCUCCAUGUGCAAGGAGUUGGUCUUGGAUCAUCGGUUUCACACUGCGGGCCGAGGGGCAGAGGUUACAGUACGUAGUUGUGGAAAAGGGACCAAAGCUCUAAGAAGCACAUUUCAAGCGUAGAGAUUAUGAUUAACCUAUUUAAAGUGGGAAUUAAAGUGCCAGUGCAGAUUAAAGGAUCGUGUGUAGUUUUCAAGCGCCACUGAAAUUCCUGAACUGCAGAGUCACCUUAAAUGAAUUGGAUGAAUCUCUUGAUGCUUUGUCACCACUGAGCGUAGUUUAUGUAUAUUUAUGUACAUUGGGGAGGCAAAGCAACACGUGUAAUAUUUUCCCUUUUUAAUAUGAGACAUUCCUGUGUUAUCUGCUCGGUCAAAUUUAAAAUAAAAUGGGCCUAAUGGGGGAAAGAUUCAGGAAACUGUCAUGUAUGGUAGUGAUGCUCCCACCUUCACAAUGUGAUGUCAUGGAAUCUCACCUCUCACUUUUCGUGCUGCAGGGAUUUUGGUCUGUGUUGUAACAUUUCCACUGCUGUUCAACAUCCAUCAGCUCAAUGUAACUAACGACAAAUCUGUCCUGUGUAAAAACCUUUGUUUCGUCUUUCUAGCUUUUGAUGGUUAGAAUUCCAUCCUGGGAGCAAUUUGUCUGGUUUCAUUGCUGUUUUCCUACAAAGAUUAUUAAAGUGCCUUAAAUAUGUGCUAUGUGUAUGGUUCUGUUUCAAUGUGAACAUGUCAUUCUUCAGAUGAUUUAGUUUGAGAUUUCUAUCUGCUUUGUCUUCGAUCUGCAAUAAAUUGUUUUUAACUUAAACGUCA